AUGCAGUUUGACCAUGUCGCGGAGGACCGGCUGGACAUUGUCUUUGCACAAUGGGUGAAGCAGCUACUGUCGAAAUCCCCCGAACAUCUUGCUAUGAAGCUAGCCGCAUCACAUCUUGGCCGUAGGGCCAAGCAAGCGUGCCAAUGGAAGACUGGCGCUUUUAACGUGUGCUAUCGCGUCCAGUUUCAUGAUGACACGCCUGAAGUUAUUGUUCGGUUUAGCUCCCUUGGACGGUCAAUUUUCCGUGCAGAAAAGGUUGCCAACGAAGUUGCUGUCCUACGGUAUCUCCGAAAACACACCUCAAUACCUGUCCCCGAAGUAUAUGGGUCUGGGAAGACCUGGACAGGACCGUAUAUCGUUUUAACUUAUGUCCAUGGUACCCCUCUCGCCAGCAUUCUCAAGGAUCCCAAGGCUGAAGGACGGCCUAUCUUGAACUCAAAUAUCAGUCAGCGUGGUUUACGGAGGGCUUACCAGGAGAUGGCCCAGCUUCUCCUCGAACUAUCUAAGCCUGAGUUCGCCAGGAUAGGUGCCUUGGUAGAAAGGUCGGACGGCGAAUUUACGGUAUCCAGGAGACCAUUUACAUUUAAUAUGAACGAGCUCUCAACUUCUGCAAACGCUCCGCCUUACGUAUUGCCAGGCCCGAAUGCCGUAUUUGACUCAGCGGCUGAUUAUUUCAAGUCCCUAGCUACACAGCAUAUGUUGCACUUCCUUACCCAGCGAAACGACGCGAUUACUAACGAAGCUGACUGUCGCAAAAAAUUCGUUGCUCGUUGUCUCUUUAGCAAAGUUGUUGAAGCCAUCCAGUUUCAUGAAGGCCCUUUCAGGCUCUAUUGCGAUGAUUUCCGGCCCUCAAAUGUACUUGUGGAUAUUGAAAAUAUCCGAAUUGCAGCAGCAAUAGACUGGGAGUUUACAUAUGUUGCACCCGCCGAGUUUAGCUACGUAGCUCCGUGGUGGCUCCUUCUACAGUCUCCUGAAGACUGGGAAUCAGAUCUCACUGAGUUCUUGACUCGCUAUACGCCUCGCUUUCAUCUUUUCUUGGAUGCCCUACGAGCAGCCGAGUGUGACAUGAUAUCCAAUAAUAGCCUGCAAGAAUCUCAAAGGCUAUCGCCGCAUAUGGAGAAGUCUUUGGAUAAUAAGUUGUUCUGGGUGUGUCUAGCAGCACGGUAUAGCUCUAUGUUUGAUGAGAUAUACUGGACCUUCAUUGAUGAAGCUUACUACGGGAAAUUCACCUCUCUAGAAGAUAGACUGCAACAUUUAAGCCAGGAAGAGCACACCAAGCUAGACGCAAUAUACCACGUGAAAGUCAAACAGGCUGAGGAUGGCGAGAUUGACCCCCAUUACUCCCUUGAUGAUACUAUGGAGCUAUAG